AUGGCCAUCUAUGUUGCCGCUCACUACAAGAACUCACCAAAUGAUUUGCAGAUGCUUAGCGAUGCACCAGCUCAUCACCUUUUCGUUCUGAUGUCACCUGUGAAAGAAGAUCAGUCUUCGUUACCGGAGGUGCUUGCAUUAGCGCAAGUUUGUCUUGAGGGUAAUCUAUCGAAGGAAUCCGUAUCCGGAGCAAUGGACAAAGGAAAACGAGCAGCUGGUGAUUUACUUCCGUGGACGAUUUCUCAACACUUCAUGGAUCGCGAUUUCCCGACAUUGUGCGGUGGACGUGUGGUCAGAAUUGCAGUUCAUCCUGACUUCCAGUCAAUGGGUUACGGUUCUCGUACACUUGAACUCUUAGAGGAAUAUUAUCUUGGUCAUGUACCGUCAAUUGAUGAAGGAUGGGCACACAGUAGCAUUGUUAGAGGAACAAAUAGCACCGCGAGCAGACCUCCCUCCACUUCUGAAUGCGACUCACUGAGAGGAAAGCGGAACUUCUGGAAGAAAAGUGGUUUUGUGCCGGUGUAUCUACGUCAGACUCCUAGCCCACUUACUGGAGAGUAUACAUGUGCUAUGUUGAAGCGACUG